ACUAGUGCCUCAGAAUGAGAUCAUUGGGUCUAAUCCCAGAGUUAGAAAGUUCUCUCAUGCAUGUGUGGAUUUUCUCCAGGUACUCUUCCCACAAAACCAAAACCAUGCACAUCAGAUUAAUGGUAAAUCUAAAUCUUCCCUCAGUGGGAGAAAAACUCCCCAGACCUCUUAGGCCAACAUUGCCUUUCAUCUCCUAACCUGAACUGUUAUCUGGGGUCACUCAGUAUAAAGAGAAAUGAGGCAAAGUUCAUUUAGUUAAUGAGUAUCUCUACAGUGCAUGUAAUAAAAAAACAGGUGAAUUCACAGCAAACAUCCACCAUGGAGCUGCGCGUCUCUGCCUGCAUCCUGCUGCUACUUUCUGUAACAUCUGGAGUAGAUGGAGGGAAGAUUUUGGUUUGGUACACCGAGGCCAGCCACUGGAUUAACAUGAAGCUGCUGCUGGAGACGCUGGUGGACAGAGGACACCAGGUGACCGUGCUGGUCCCGAGCACAUCCAUGUUCAUGAACAGCAGCGAACCCUCCCGCUUUCACUAUCAGCCUUUUAACGUCUCUGUCUCGAUGGAAGUCGUGGAGAAGUUUCUUAAUGACUUCCUUCACUUUGCCAUUUAUGAGGUGGAUUACAUGAGCUACCUUCAGGUGUACAACAGGUUUAUGGAAUUAAUCCAGAGCAACAUGCAGUCUUCCAUGAAGUUUUUGGACGGUUUGGUGAAAUCAGAACCCAUCAUGAAGAAGCUGAAGGAGGACGGCUACGACUUACUCCUGGCUGAUCCCAUCUACCCUGGAAGUGAACUAACGGCAGACAUUUUGGGGAUUCCUCUUGUGUUUUCCUUGCGAUUUUCCUUGGCUCAUAACUGGGAACGAGUGUGUGGUCAGCUACCUGCUCCACCUUCGUUUGUUCCUGCUCCCAUGACCAAACUAACCGAUAAGAUGGACUUCCUAGAGAGAGUGUGGAACUUCCUGUUCUACCCGUUGCAGGACAUCAUGCUGGAACGAAAUCUGUGGAAAGAGUUGGAUAAGCAUUAUUCUGAAGUUAAAGGAACACCCACCAGUGCCUGUGAGUUGAUGGGUAGAGUAGAUGUCUGGUUGAUGAGAACCUACUGGGAUUUUGACUUUCCUCAUCCGUUCCUUCCCAACUUUAAAUUUGUUGGUGGGAUCCACUGCAGACCUGCUAAACCACUACCAAAGGAAAUUGAAGACUUUGUCCAGAGCUCUGGAGAUGAUGGUAUCGUGAUAUUCUCUUUGGGAUCUAUGGUGAAAAAUCUCACUAUAGAGAAGGCAAACAUGAUCGCUUCAGCCCUCGCUCAGAUUCCACAAAAGGUCCUGUGGAGAUACAGUGGGACCAAACCUGACACUUUAGGUUCCAACACUAAACUCUAUGACUGGAUCCCACAAAACGACCUGCUGGGUCACCCUAAAGCCAGAGCUUUUAUCACUCAUGGUGGUGCAAACGGGAUUUAUGAGGCCAUCUAUCACGGCGUUCCCAUGGUGGGAAUCCCUAUUUUUGCUGAGCAGCCAGACAACAUGGUGCACAUGAAAGCCAAAGGAGCUGCAGUUGUGUUGAAGCUGAACUUCAUGACAUCUGAAGACCUCAGAGAUGCGAUCAACACCGUCAUCAAUGACAAAUCCUACAAAGAAAGUGCUAUGAGGCUGUCCAGAAUCCACCACGACAGACCCAUGAGUCCUCUGAACGAGGGGGUUUUCUGGAUCGAGUUCACCAUGAGGCACAAAGGAGCAAAGCACCUGAGGGUCCAGGCCCACAAGCUCACCUGGUACCAGUAUCACAGCCUGGAUGUCCUGAGCUUCCUGCUCUCUGUGGUUCUGCUGCUCCUGCUCCUCCUCGUCAAGACCUGCAGGUUCUGUUUCCGGAGGUGCUGCUGCAGAAGGAAGACCAAGAGGAAGGCUGAAUAACAAACUCAGCUCAGGUUUACUGAUCAACUGAAUUCAACCGACAUGUCCAUGUUGGCUGCCACAUGCGUGGAUCAGUUUAUAGUUUAUUAUUUUAACCAUUCCCUAUUUAAUACAAUUUUUUUUAAUUCACUUAAUACAAAAUUACUUCAGAUAAAAUAACCACAGUGUAUUUUGUUAAAUACUUCUGGCUAUGAUGUAAUAUAUAAGUGACAUGUUUGACAAUAAACACUUUGGUCUGGACUUUUA